AUGAAGCCACCGAUAAUAUGCGACACCGGAACCGGAGUCAUCAAGGCGGGCUUCGCGGGUGAACAAGAGCCGUCUGUCGUAUUGCCAAACCUGCUUGGCCGUCCCAUGCUUCGAGCCGAUAGCGGUAUUGGGUCUUGCCAGAUUGAUGAUAUCAUGGUUGGUGAUGAAGCGAAUGCUGCAAGGUCAUUGCUCCAGCUGACGCGACCCAUCCAAAAUGGUGUUGUCAAAGACUGGGAAGGCAUGGAGGCGGUGUGGGAUUACACCUUCAAAAAGCUUGGUAUCAACCCAGCGGAACACAAGGUGCUGCAGACGGAAGCAGCCCUGAAUCCUCCAAGGAACCGCGAGCGCAUGGUUGAGAUCAUGUUUGAGCGCUAUGGCUUCACCGCAGUGAACGUAUCAGUUCAGGCCAUUUUGGCAUUGAAUUCCCGUGGCCUGGACUCGGGUUUCGUGGUUGAUUCCGGGGACGGUGUCACACACUUGGUCCCCAUCAGCGAGGGAUACCUGGAGCCGGCACUGGUGCAAAGGGUGAAUCUUGCUGGGAGACAUGUGACGGAGCAGUUGAUGAAGCUGCUCGUAGGGCAGGGCCAUCCUUUGAAUUCGACCGCAGAUUUCGAAACUGUCCGCGAGGUCAAGCAGAAGCUCUGCUACAUUGCUCACGAUCCAGAGGCAGAGAGGAAACUGGCUCGCGAGACAACGCUGGUAGACAGACAGUAUGUUCUUCCUGACAGUCGCAGCAUGCGAGUCGGAGCUGAGCGGUUCCUUGCUCCCGAGAUUCUAUUUAAUCCUGCCUUGGGUGGCUAUGGUGACGGCGACGGUUUGGCCGAUUUGGUUUUCAACACAAUACGCAAGUCUGAUAUCCAUGUUCAGAAGGACUAUUUUCAACAAAUUGUGCUUUCUGGCGGAACGACCAUGUUUCCCGGUAUGUCAUCGAGGUUGGAGAAGGACCUGAGGGCGCUGUACUUGCAGAACGUGCUUGGUGGUGACACAUCUCGCCUUUCCAAGUUCAAAGUCCACGUCGAGGAUCCUCCUGACCGUAGACAUAUGGUCUUCUCGGGUGCAUCCCUCAUGGCCGAAGCCUACGAGCAGCAGGCGAACCCCAGGUAUUGGAUUACCCGCGAGGAAUACCUGGAAAGUGGUGCUGGUGCCGUCCAGAGAUUGAUUCCCACCAAGUUGGCGUGA